AUGAGAGCCACCGCCCUUCUAUUGGUCCUCGCCGCCGGCGCCGUGGGCCAGGGCGGGUUGCGCAAGCCCCUCUUUGGCCAGACCGAAGGCGACAGCAACAAGUGCGGCGCGGCGUGCGAGUGGUACGCGUCGGCGCCGGUCGACGGCAACGCCGACGCGACGUGCGGAAAUCGCGUGCAGUACCUCAUCGAGGACGAGGGCAAGGACGCCAUCACGGCGUGCGGCCAAGUCGCGACCGAGGCUCCGAAGAUCUGCGGCGGAUGCGCGUGCGGCGAGUCGUGCCCAUGGGACGCGUCGGCCCCGGUCGCCGAGGACCCCGGCGCGACCUGCGGGUCUCGCGUCGCGUACCUGAUGAACCAAGAGAAGGAGGACGCAGCCACGGCGUGCGGCAAAAUCGCGACCGAGGAACCGGAAAAAUGCGGCAGAUGCAGCUCCACGCCGACGCCGCCCUCGACGUGCACGCCCGCCCUCGUCAUCAUGCGCCACGCCGAAGACGGCAGUCCAGAGAAGUAUGAUUUACCCGGCGCGAACACGAUCUGCGACGCGGCCUGCCCGAAGGCGCUGCGCAACAACCUCAAACCAACAGGCGAAGACCGCCGCAAGUUAAUCGCCGCCCAGCUCGACAACUGGGUGACCAAGCAGCUCGGCCUCUGCCCGAUCACGGCGAUCACGACCAUCGACCCCUCCAAUGGCCAAGGUUGUCCCCCCUACGGAGACAAAGGGGGUUCAACCGUCAACCCGUUCUGGACCAUCGCGACGUGGGCCAACGACCACUGCGCCCAGCUCGACGCCGACCUUAACUACUACGUCCACGACGACGACCUCGGGACCGACGAUGACGCGCGCCCCGUGGCGGGCUCGCCGUCGAUCGGCCCCGGACGCGAUGGCACUACGUCACGCGCCCUCACCUACACGUCCCAGGGGCUCUGGAGCCGCUGCACGGAGAAGGGUUGCAAGUGGGACCGGCCGAAGCCGGACAAGGGCACGCUGAUCCGCGAGGCCUACGCCGGCUCGGCCUCGGAGAUCUGCCCGCCGACGCACGAGAUUGUCUGGGUCCUCACGGGCUACGACGGUAAUCAGUGGACCAAGUUGGAGCAGUACAUCAUGCCCGGCGUGACGUGCCAAGGCAACUGCCCCCUCGCGAAGCAGACGAGCCGCACCCCAGGCAUCCCUGGCUACUGCAAGUAG